AUGCCCAUCACUUACAUCUCACCAGACGAGCUCUCAGAACUCAUCAAGAGCGACAAGGUUCCCCGCAAAGAUUAUCUCGUUGUCGAUGUCCGCGACGAUGACUAUGUUGGCGGGAACAUCAAGCAUAGCCACAACUUGCCCUCCAACGAAUUUCAUUCUGGUGUCGAUGAGCUCGUAAAACAGACGAAAGACGUCCCUACAGUCAUCUUCCACUGCGCCCUCUCACAGCAGCGUGGGCCUAAGGCUGCACGGAUAUACGCAGAAACACGCGAUAACCUGCAGAAAGAAGGGCAAGACAAACCUCACGAUGUCCUCGUCCUCCGUGGGGGCUUCACAGAGUUUCAGGAGAAGUUUAGGAAUGACCCUAAACUCGUCGAGAACUACGACGCGACUGUCUGGAAUCCAGAUGUAGACACCUGGAGUAACAAAUGA